AAAAAGAAUUGAAGAAUGGAACACGAAACUCAGCAGCAAGGAAAUCCCAAUAACCCAUCCGCCGAUCAAAACGCGGCUUUGAUCAACUCCUUCAUCGAAAUCACUUCUUCUUCCAAAGAAGAAGCCCUCUUCUUUUUGGAAUCCCACCAGUGGGACCUAGACGGCGCCGUUUCCACUUUCUUCGACAGCAGUUCCACCACCGCACACCAACCGCACUCAAUUGCGCCUCCCGUUACCGGCGCCGUUAACAACUCCCCGACUUCCUCACCCUCUGAUUCUGCUGAUUAUUCUCCCUCGCAAUCGCCUUCUAGGUCCCGCUCGCCUUCUCCUGCCCGCCCCUCGCGCCCCCCUUAUACGCUUAGGUCGCGCCGCAACGCUGAUAAGAAACCGUCUGGUAGCAACGGCAGCAACGCUCGUGGCGUUCGUACCCUCGCCGAUCUGAACCGGUCCCCUCCUGGUGGGUCCGAAAGCGAUUCGGAUGAAGGCCAGGAUUAUUUCACCGGUGGUGAGAAAAGUGGGAUGGUGGUUCGAGAUCCUUCGAAGCAUCAGGAUGUGGAUUCGAUUUUUAAUCAAGCGAGACAAGCAGGAGCAGAGGAAGGAUCUGAUGAUUACUUCCGACCAUCGUCUUCGAGCACGAGAAGCUUCAGUGGGACGGCGAGAUUACUCACUGGAGAAACCGUGGCACCUGCUCCACCACCACCACCUGAAGUUGUCAAUCACACUGUUACUUUCUGGAGGAAUGGUUUUACAAUUGAUGAUGGGCCUUUGCGUCAACUCAAUGAUCCUGCCAAUGCUUCUUUCAUGGAGAGUGUGAUGAGGUCUGAAUGUCCAAGAGAACUUCAACCAGCUGAUCCGAUAACAAAAGUGGAACUUCACCUCCUUAGACGGGAUGAAAACUAUUCUGAACCAAAGAAGACCCAAGGUGCGUUUCAGGGUGUUGGAAGAACUCUAGGCAGUAGCAGCAGCUCAAGCCCUACUCCCUCUGAGCCAACUGCUGCUGCUGCCGGUAGUUUCACCACUGCACCAACCCCGUCUAUGGGGUUGGUUGUGGAUUCAUCAUUGCCAACAACCUCUAUUCAGCUAAGGUUAUCGGAUGGUACACGCAUGAUCUCACGCUUCAAUUACCAUCAUACGAUCAGAGAUGUCCGUGGGUUCAUCGAUGCAUCAGGGCCCGGUGGUGCAAGAAACUACCAGUUGCAGACAAUGGGUUUCCCUCCUAAACAACUGACUGAUUUGGACCAAACUGUAGAGCAGGCCGGCAUUGCUAAUUCAGUUGUUAUCCAGAAAUACUAGCCAGGGUUUUUAUUUUAUUUUUUUAUUUUUAUUUCAAGUGCUGGUUGGCUCCAUGAGAUAUUAUGCACAUUGAACAUUACUCUAUUGAUCAAAACUGGUGGGGAUUCACAAAUCUUCGACAUUGUUUAUGUUAGAAAUGUUUAGGCAGUACUCGGUAUUUUAUAGGGAUGAAUUUUCAAAUUCAUCUUUU